UGGUAGUCCACAUGAUUCACCCGUAUAAGGCGCAAAACUGCGAACAGUGAUGUUGUCACAGUUUGGGCGAAGGGCAUUGUCACCCGCCAGACCAGAUCAUUAUUUGCGAGCUUUGGAUAGAUCCUGAAGACCAGAUCUAGAUGCUUCGGAGCGGGCGCUGUUUUUUUGUACCUGCAAUGCUGCAUCGCAGGCAGCGCUCUGCAGCCUUGGUCAUCGAUGUCCAGCGUGCGAACACAUGCAUGCUGGGUGGAAGUCAAAAGCACGCUAGUCAAGAGGUCUUAUCAGUUGUCAUCCGCCUCGAGCUGCUGCUCUCACCUCAGCUGAUCGAUCAGUUUCGGCGAACUCGCGCAAACCCCUCUUUGUUGCCGCUGGGCGCGCUGUGUGCUUUCUCAGUUUCUGACUUGCUUCACGUUCAGCGCUGUCUAGUUGGAACUGUCACAUAUAAAGUAUCGACCCACAUACUCAAGUUUAGUCCGAUCAGAGAACUUCGGUAGUGCAGGAGGUGCCCUAUUUUGGCCCACUGUCCGCUUUGUUUAUUUGGGCGACGUGAUCUUUUCAGUGCAGUGUUUGGUCGAAUCAGGCGACGUGAUGGCUAUGGGUUGUGAGAACAGAUACGCUCAGCAUUCUGUCGGUUGGGCCGCAACAAUGGCUAUGUUCGUGGUCAACCUCGUCCUCCUCGGAGCGUUGUCUGCAGUAGCGGCGCCAAGCUCUACAGGUGGUGGUACAUGGCGUACCUGCUCGGGAGGUGUCGACCUUCUUGUCGCUGUGACCGCCAGAGAAACGUGGACGGAAUCUGAGAAGCACUGUCAACAGGCUGGCGGACAUUUGGCCGUCGUUGAUCCAACCACUGUUGGUGCAGCCUGCCUGACUGACCUGGCAGCGUUGGCUGGCGUGCAAGCACACUUCGGCAUCACCGCCUCUCUGGAUGACAGUUUCCGCUCACUACCCGACUACAAUAGUCGGUCGUCACUACUGCAGUUUAAUAUACUUGAUAGAAGGUGUGCGGCUGUGUCAGUAGCCUCAAACGGAGCAAGAACCAUCAGCACGACGAGCUGUAUUGGAGAACCCCGCCGACCCUACAUUUGCCAGCGAUAUACAGCCACGCCACAAAUAGAUGUCUCAGUAGCAUGCAACAACAAGGAGUAUAUCUACCAUCCGAUUGCGUUUUCAAGGCAACACGCUGCAGACACUUGUAAACGUCUAUAUACUGGUAGCCAGCUUGCUGACACGACCCAGUCAGACAUUAACUGCAUGCAGCAGCUGCUGAGCUUGCAGUCGCUAGUCAGCCGCGAUUUGGGCCAGAUAGAAGUGUACACCGCCACGCAGGAAACGUCAUCCUUUGCGGGCACCCGCUGUGCAUACUGGAGAGCGUCGAACAAGGUGGUCACGCUGCGACCCUGUCAGCAAACCUCUCCGGUCGUCUGCGUGAGGAGUCCACCGGAUCCAUCAACCACUGCACAGCAGCCAUCGACAACUGCUGAGCCAUCGGAAACUUCCGAGCCAGCAACAUCAGCUAGCUGGCGGGCGGAGACAACUGCUCAGGCAACAGCAUCGGCUACCCGGCAUAGGGAGACAAACGCAGCAUCCACAGCCCAUACAGGCAGUCCACCUACACGGCAUCCGGCUGGUGGCACUGCAACGUCGCCUGAAUUCCAGCAGACGGAAGGCCCGACUAGUGUUCCAUUGGACCAUGGCACACCGGAACAAUUCAGGUCAGCAGCAGGCCGAUUUAUGCCAAGCCUAGUGCUCCCGGCAUCAUUCCUACUUGCUUUUAUGGCGCUGUGACGUGUCCAGAAAGAAAAACUAUGAUUCGAAACAACUUGGCUGUCUAUUUAGUCAUGACUUGACUGGCCUCUGUAUUUACGACUUUUUCCACGAUAACUCCCAUCCUCUAUGACCCAUGCAACACACUUCUCUCCAUGAAAUUCCUAGGUGUGUUACUAAAUAUUCCUUACAUUCUCUUGUGAUAUCCCAUCCGAAGAUAUAGCGGAGCUUGUGAAUAGGGCGUGCCCGUUUAGCUCCUUUUUGUUCCCCCUUCAUGUUCCCCUUGAACAUAGAAUAUUUGACACUCUAGGUGUUGUCAAGUACCAUGUAGCUUUACGUUUCUUUGAACAUCAAUGAAUGUUGCUGCAAUACUCGCAAGAGGCUCACCUAACCAGGUUGCAUCAGCAACCUGCUUGAGCUGUUGACCCAUCGCCCCACAGGCAUGGUGUGCUGCUUUCGUCUGCCUAGCUCUAUAAGGUGUCUGUCUGUUUGUCUGUUCUUUCGUCUGUUCACGUGUCUGUCUGUUCUUCCAUCCGUUCGUUUGUCCGUCCGUCAUGCCUGUUUGUCUUUUCUGUUUGCCCAUACUUCAAAGCUUGUUCAUGCCACUGCGUACUUCAUGACUGCUUGCACAAUCUGAAAUUUUUAAUAUCCGAAAAAAGGUCUCUUACGCUCUAACACUAUUUACUUAACGGCGGCUGUGUGCUUCGAAUUAUUCCAUUGACAAUAUCCUACUUUUAUUCCA